GGAGGAAUGUUUCCUCACGCAGAGAAACUAGAGAGAAAAGACCGAAAGAGACCUCAAAACCGGAGAAAAACCUCCACGAAAGCAGGAUAAAAUUAUUUAAAUCCCCGGCAGACAAUGUGUCUGUACUCUACGCUUUAGAGCGGACCUUCGUCACGAGUCAAACAAGUCCGAAUUUCAAGGAUCUUUAUUUGAUAUACUGGACGCUUCAUCUAUAGGUACUCCAAAGAUUUAUUUAGUGAGUUUGUGGCUUUUGCCUGGUGAUACUGCCUCUCAAUGCUGAUGCUUAUGAGGCUGAUUAGCCUAUACUGUGGUACCCCAGAUCAUCAUGUACUUCCACACUUGCUACCCUGUGAGGGUCUUAAACAAGAGGAGGCUGUAAAGAAGCCUUGAAGUCUUCAUCACGUAAUCUUUCUCUUCCUCAGUCCACUUGCCUUCACAGCUUAUUGGCUACUUCAGUUGUCUCAGAAGCAGCUGAGCAGAGUACAACCAUUCCAGCCAUAAGUUUCUGCAUCUCAGCCAACAUGAAGAAAAGUAUCUCUGUCUUCUUCACAGUUUUGGGAGCCGGCGUCCUCCUCUGGUUGCAAACUGAGGGUGGGCAGAACCCAGACUACAUGCUCCAUGGCACUGGAGUCAAGCAUGGAUUGGAUCACAAAAAAGCCCAGUCAAGGGACGGAUCCACCGUGGCUCCAGAGGAUGCAGCUCGUUUCCUUAGCUGCUACUGUUCAGGCCACUGCCCUGAAGAUGCAACAAACAACACCUGCGAGACGAAUGGUCAGUGCUUUGCUAUCAUUGAGGAGGAUGAGCACGGUGAAGCUAUCCUCACCUCAGGCUGCAUGAAAUAUGAAGGCUCUCACUUUCAGUGCAAGGACUCUCCUAAUGCACAGACCAGGCGUACCAUUGAGUGCUGUUCCUCAGAUUUCUGUAACCGAGACCUUCAGCCCACACUUCCACCUCCUCCAGACAAGCCUCCAAUAUGGAACGCCCACUUGCUGGCCUUCCUCGUCUCAGUGACUGUUUGCUGUUUCACUUUAGUUGCCAUAACAGUCGUGUGUUACUACAGGUAUAAGCUGCAGACGGGACGGAGACGGUACCAGAGAGACCUGGAGCAGGAUGAUGCAUUCAUCCCAGCUGGAGAGUCUCUCAAAGACCUAAUUAGUCAGUCCAGCACAGGCUCAGGUUCAGGGCUCCCCCUGCUGGUUCAGCGCACCAUCGCUAAACAGAUUCAGAUGGUGCGUCAGAUUGGAAAGGGGCGGUAUGGAGAAGUGUGGCUUGGUCGCUGGAGAGGAGAAAAGGUAGCGGUGAAAGUUUUCUUUACACGUGAAGAGACAAGUUGGUUCCGAGAGACCGAGAUUUACCAAACUGUUCUUAUGAGACAUGAGAAUAUAUUGGGCUUUAUCGCUGCAGAUAUUAAAGGCACUGGAGCGUUCACUCAGCUUUUCCUUAUCACAGACUACCAUGAGAACAGCUCUCUCUAUGACUAUCUGAAAUACAUUACCCUUGAUACACAGGCCCUGCUGCGGCUGGCCUACUCUGCAGCCUGUGGCCUGUGCCACUUGCACACAGAGAUCUAUGGCACGCAGGGCAAGCCUGCCAUCGCUCACAGAGACCUGAAGAGCAAGAACAUUCUCAUAAAGAAGAAUGGCACCUGCUGCAUCGCUGAUCUGGGCCUGGCUGUGAAAUACAACAGUGAUACCAAUGAGGUGGACGUCCCUCUUAGCACAAGGAUGGGUACACGGCGUUACAUGGCACCGGAGGUCCUAGAAGAGACACUGAAUAAGAACCAAUUCCAAGCAUACAUAAUGGCUGACAUUUACAGCUAUGGUCUCAUUGUUUGGGAGAUGGCCCGUCGAUGUGUGACAGGAGGCAUUGUUGAGGAGUACCAGUUACCAUACUGGGACAUGGUACCUUCAGAACCAUCCUAUGAGGACAUGAGGGAAGUGGUGUGUGUGAAGGGUAUGCGGCCAGUGGUGUCUAAUCGCUGGAACAGUGAUGAGUGCUUACGGGCCAUGCUAAAACUCAUGUCUGAGUGUUGGGCCCACAACCCAGCCUCUCGCCUCACAGCUCUUCGAGUCAAGAAAACGCUCGCCAAAAUGGUUGAAUCACAGGACAUCAAAAUAUGAUCAGAUCUCCCGCCAAUACCAACCUGAGAUAAAUCAUGGAGAUAUUUAUGCUCACAUCAUGAAUUAUUGCCUCUGUUUCUAAACAGAUCUGUGGGAACGUUGCAGAGAAGAGUAUUUACCUCCCUGUCUGACUGCGAUUCCUCGCCCUGUUGCAGUUACACACUUAGUAUCAUUUAGCACCCUCUGCUGGACAUUACGUGUCAAAGGGCAUCCACAGGGAAAUAACGGCAGAACUGUAGUCAUAUGUCCAGCUUUCCACACACAAACUUCAGAGGUUGGUACUCACAUCAUCCCCGUCUACAUAAUUUUUUCCAGGCACUCUUUUAUUGAUUGGGAGAGAAAUGAUCAGCUUAUAGUGCUUUCUGUGAAAGCUGUGUAAUACGAUAUGUCUGUAUGGAAUGGCAUGAUAGCAGCAUUUUCCAUUGGAGUGCAGUAAUGAAGUCACAUUUCAGGUGCGUUUGGGAGAAAGAUAAGGACUGACCCAUCUGUCUUUGAUUGAGAGGCGGACAUAAUGGGGGUGAUAUUUAGAUUUGUGAUCACCCCCCAGUCAUAUGCUUCGGAUGUGCCCCAGUGUGGCUUGCCCUCACAAAAUGGCCACUCUGCAUUUGGACUGUGUGCAGUUGUGGACACCAGAACUGCAUAAGAGAAUGUGCUCUAUUUAAUACAAUUGAACCAUAUUAUCAUACCGUAUGUGUAUAAAACAAAAAAUUACCCAUUUACUACAUAUUGAUGUUAAUUAUGAACUUUUUUGAAGAAUUAUUCCUUUAAAUUCUUAAGUUUCUAAUCCUGUCCAUUUAGAUGUUCAAAUACAGAAUUGGAUGCUAGCAAUAAGGUUGAUGUUAGAAAUGUAAUCACUUCUAGGGAAAAGGAAGUUUUGCUCUGGUGCAAUGACUGGAGUAAUGUGAUUUUAACUCCAGCACUGGCUUGAAGCAGUGAAAUGCCACAGGUCAAAGUUUGCCAAAGCUGCAGCCAUAAUAGGUCUUUUCAGCUAGAGGAUGGUGACAGAUCUGAUCUGGCUUAUUGUAGGUCCGCUGGUGCAUAUGGAUAACCACAGCUCUCAUAUGCCACAUAACUAAUGUUUUAUUUUAUCCAAUAGCCUAUAUGUCAACCACAUCUGAUUCAUCAGAGUCAGAUUGGAUGUCUGUUUUGAAUGCUUUAUUUAAAUGGUUUUGCCUUGAAUCUAAUGUUGUCACCACUUGGGAAUCAUGUGACUGAUCCUCAGAUUUAGAAUUUCAUAAAUGUCUAAUGUGAUAAAGCAAAUGCAUGUGCUGUUUAUGUCAUAUAGGAUGAAUUAUCGAGGUAAGAAACUUUACUUGCAGGACUGUUAACGUUAUUCUUGCAAACAACAAAUGUUUUUAAGGACUUUUUAUAAAUGUGUUUGUGUGAAUUAUUAUUUCUCAUUUGCUCUCACCUGUUUACUUCCAAUGUGUACAACUAGAACCGUCAUCUGUAAAUGGUACACUGCCUGGCCAAAAAAAGUUCCAUACUCGAAUUUUUCGUUGGACCGUCUUUAGCUUUGAUUAUGGCGUGCAUUCAUCGUGGCAUUGUUUCGACAACCUGACAGAUGAGGCAGCAUAAUUAAAAUUACACAGUUAUGAUUGUUUUACUACAAACUUUGAGACUUUAUAUUAUAUUUGACUCUCCAGUGCUGGAACAGGGUUAAAACAAUGUGUGGAUAUAGGUCUGGCUAUGCGAGACUGUAGUUUGAAGUAAUCACUUUUCUUUGCAUGAUACAUUAAGUAUCUGCUUAUUUAAAUCCAAACAGCUACUUUUUUUUUUUUUUGGCCAGGCAGUGUACAUGAAAGUAAUUAUUUGUUUUGCGAGACUUCCUGUAAACUUUUUUUUACUGAAAAGCUUUGUCAAAAAUUUGUAUCAAUAUGACUGCAUUAUUGGCACUUGUGAGAAAUGCAGUUUUAACUUCAAAAUCAGGGUCCUUUGCCAUCAUAGCUUCCGCCAUUGCAUUUGUGGAAAGGUACAACCUUGUAUGUAACCUUUUUCUUAUUGUUUGGGCUGUAGCUCUAUUCUCAAGCUUAGUCUGUCCAUUAAAAACAUGCAGUUACCUUGUGAAAUAACAUUUUAGCCCAUUUAAAGGAAUAGUUCGAUCAAAAAUAAUAAUUCUCUCAUAAUUUACACACCCUCAUGCCAUCCCAAACUCAUGUGACUUAAUUUCUUUUGUGGAACACAAAGAAAGAUAUUGUGAUUGAGAUAUGUGAUUUUGUCAAUGGUUUCCAAACAUUUUAAGCACAAAAAAAGGACGUAAAGGCAGCAUAAAAAUAAUUCAUACGACUCAAGUGGUUUAAUCCAUGUCUUCAGAAGUGAUAUGAUCAAUUUGGGUGAUAAAUGGACCAAAAUUUAAGUCCUAUUUCUCUAUAAAUCUUAACAUCCGCAGUGUCCUUGGCAUGGUCAUGAAAGAAGCUUGUUAACACACUUCUAUGCAUUUUACGCAUGCAUAGAACACUGUGCAUGAACCAGGCUUGUUUGAAAAUGCAGGCACAAGGUAAAAUGAUGGUCUCGCAGGUGGAGUUUUUGUUGUGGUACUUUUAAAAUGUACAGUGGUUGCCAAAAGGUUGAUUGUAAGCACUUGAAAAUGAAGAUGCAAUGUCACUAAAAACUGCACUAUGUUCCAGUUGGGCCAGAUGUCAAGAUAUAUUGUGAAUAAGGACUUUUGAUGUGUUUCUUACCCUAAGAAUAUCACUUGGAUGUGGAUUAAACCACUUGAGUCAUAUGGAUUACCUUUAUGCUGCCUUUAUGACCGUUUGGGAGCUUGAAGGUUUUGGACCCCUUUGACUUGCUUGCAUUGUAUGAACACCAUGUGCAUACAUUCUUCAAAAUAUCUUUGUGUUCAGGAGAGGAAAAAAAAAUCAUAGACAUCUGGGAUGGCAUGAGGCUGAUUAAAUGAAGAGAGAAUUAUCAUUUUUGGGUAAACUAUGCUUUUAAGCUAAUUUUUUCUUUAUUAUUUAAUGUGUAAUGGAAACAAUGUAAAAUGGCUUGAAUAAUAUGUACUUUUCAUUUGUUUUGUGCACAACAUCUGGUUUUAUGAGAGGUGCCUUAUGUUUACCAAGAAAAGCUGUUCUGUACAUAAAAUGUGUCCAAUGUAUUAAUUUUUAAGUAAAUUACCUUAUUUUAGUACACAA